UAGUCAAAAUCACAACGGAUUUUCAAUAAAGGCUCAGAGUGCUGGCGUAACUCGGCGAGUCGGGCAGCAUCUCUGGAGAACACGGACUGGUGACGUUUCCAGUUGGGAUCCUUCUACAGAUUUCAGGGAAUUUGAAGACUUCUGUUUGAAAAUUGUUCCAGUUCUCUCUCUUGCCCUCGAAGCUCAGCUGUUCAAAUCCAAAGAUGAAUUACCUUGUGGUCCUGGUAGCUGGUCUCAUUCUCAGUGCCUCUCCGGGUAACUGUUUGAAGUGUUACACCUGCUGUGUAUCACAGGAAAGAUGCGUGGAUAAAACUAUUAACUGCCCUGCGGGGCUGCAAUGUUACCUUGGGGUUGUAGAGGCUGGAGGUGUAUCGAUUUACGAAGCUGGAUGUCUUCCCCCUGCUGCUUGUAAUAUCUGGCCAAAUAUCACAGGAGUCUCUUUGUCUGUCAGCUGUUGUGAUACUGACCUCUGCAACGAGAGUGACCAAGUUAAAUUAUCUCUUCUGCUGUUCCCUGCUCUGGUCUCAGUCUGGUUUGCAAUAUUUAUGUGAAGCAAGUGCAUAAUAAUAAUGCACAGUGCCAUCUUCUGGGU